ACCAGAGCAAAGCAGCAGCGCAGAUAUAUAAGUCAGGGAGAGGUCGCCUGCUUCCCUUCAGGGUUACCUUGACAAAGACAGGAGGAGAAGCUCUUCAGUAUGGCACCAAAGAAGGCCAAGAAGAAGGAGGGUGCCAGCUCCAAUGUAUUCGCCAUGUUCGAGCAGUCUCAGAUCCAGGAGUUCAAGGAGGCUUUCACCAUCAUGGACCAGAACAGAGAUGGCUUCAUUGACAAGAAUGACCUGAGGGAUACCUUUGCUGCUUUAGGGCGCCUUAACGUGAGCAACGAGGAGCUGGAUGACAUGCUGAAAGAAGCUUCCGGGCCCAUUAAUUUCACCGUCUUCCUCACGAUGUUUGGAGAGAAACUGAAGGGCACAGACCCCGAGGAGACCAUUCUCAAUGCCUUCAAGAUCUUUGACCCAGAAGGAAAAGGUUUUCUCAAGGGCGAUGAAAUCAAGUACAACCUCAUGUCUCAAGCUGACAAGUUUACUGAAGCUGAGGUGAACCAGAUGUUCACCAACUUCCCGCUGGACGUCUCGGGCAACCUGGACUACAAGAACCUGUGUUAUGUCAUCACCCACGGAGAGGACAAGGAGCAGGAUUGAGUGGGCGGAGCUACUCGAACCCUCUGCCUGUACAUAGUGUCACACCGCAAAGCCUGGGCCUCCUCUUGUCACCUGAGACACUGAUCCCAGUUUACUACCCAAUAAAAGUUACACAGUAUCCUCGCUGAGGCUCUGCUUUCUA